AUGAAUCUCACCUGGACAGAAAGCAUCUCUCAAAUCCUAGGCUGGGGAUACUUCAUCCUGUGGUCGAUGUCCUUCUACCCGCAAGUCCUGCACAAUCACCGCCGCCGCUCGACAGACGGCUUCUCCGUUGACUUUGCUCUGCUCAACGUGCUCGGAUUGUCCGCAUACACCGUUUCCAACGCCUGCUUCCUAUUUUCAUCGGUUGUGCGCGCUCAGUAUGCCCAGCGACAUCCGCAGAGCCCUGAACCGACCGUCCAAUGGAAUGAUUUCGUCUAUGCCUUGCAUGGGGCGCUUAUCUGUUGUUGGAUUGGUAGCCAUUUCCUCUGCGCGCGGUUCUGGAACUUUGAUUCCAAGUCGCAGCGGCCGAGUACUUUAGCUCUCGUAGUUUUUUGGGGCUGUUUGGGGGUGGUCCCCCUGGCCAUUCUUUGCGUGUUGGUGUCGGCAUCGUGGGAAUGGAUUGAUGUGGUCUAUAUGGUCGGCAUGAUCAAGGUGUUCUUGACAGCUGUUAAAUAUACCCCUCAGGCGGUGAUGAAUUAUCGGCGGCAGUCAACAGCGGGGUUUUCUAUCAUGGCGAUCCUGCUAGAUUUGUCCGGUGCAAUUCUGUCGCUGAUGCAGCUGGUGCUGGACUCCUCGUUGCAAGGGGACUGGUCGGGCGCCAUUGGCAACAUCUCCAAACUCCUGCUGGGCAACAUCACCGUUCUAUUCGAUCUCGUUUUUAUCUUCCAGCACUUUUGUUUGUAUCAGGAGCGAGCGGCAGAGAACAAGCCGGGAUCACCAGAGCACGAUCAUCUCCUUGAUAGCGAGCAUGAGGCACAGGCAUCUAUCUACAUUACAUGA